CACGUUUGAAAGUUAAUCCAAAAGAACAGAGUAAAACUGUUGGUAAUAAGAUUUAAGAAAACGGAAAAAGGUUAACUUAUAAACAGAAAAAGCUUAAAUCAGCUAAUUUGUCAGAAAGAUAAGGGUAUAAAUGAAAUAAACAUUGUAGAAAGUAGCCAAAUUAUUCUACUAAAUCGUCUUAGUGAAAUUUGUACAUAAAUUACACAAGGCUUAGUCCUAAACCACGAAACGUGUCCUAGGUUAGGCCGUUAAAAGAAUCAUGUUAUUACUGGCGUAACAUGACAGAAAGGAAAAUGUGUAAAUUCUAUAACUUAAACGUUCCUGAACGACGAAGCGGUGAUACUGGACCUCAGGACUUUGGGGAUGAUGAGGACGACAGAAACCCCGAAGAUAAUAUGGCGCCUUAUGUACCGCCACAUGAGCAUAGGCUGGAGUAUAAUUACUGGAUGUGGUUUUCUAGGCGGCCGCCCGCCCGAGAUCUCUCAUCCACCACCACUGGAUAUGGGCAGGCUCUCCGCAUGGUAGGUUGUGUGGGAUCUGUGGAGCAGUGGUGGGGCCUGUAUACACAUUUAUCAAGGCCCUAUGAGCUUCCUCCACUCUCUGAUUUGCAUUUGUUUAAACUUGGCAUUAAACCAAUGUGGGAAGAUCCAGCUAAUGUUAAUGGUGGAAAAUGGGUUGUGCGACUGCGUAAAUCGCAAACAGAGCAAGCAUGGGAGGACCUGUGCAUGGCGAUGCUUGGAGAACAGUUCAUGGUUGGGCCCGAAUUGUGUGGUGUUGUGCUGUCUGUUCGUUUUCAGGAAGACCACUUAGCCGUGUGGCACCGGACGGCGGCGGACACGACAGCAGCAGGUCGGGUGCGAGAUGCUUUGCGCAGGAUACUGCAACUUCCCACUACUAUGCCCAUAGAGUACAAGGUGCACAGUGACUGCCUUCGCGCCUCCACCUCAAGGGCCCCAGACCCACCAGCUACUGAUAAUGGCGAACGUUCAACGUAACGUUGCUUCCAUCUCACUCAAUUUUACCGAAUUUUGAAGUACCCUCUAUAAAUUUUUUAUUUAAUGAUUGUUUCCAAUUUGCACCUGCAAUACUUCUAAUUUCUAUAAUUACAUGCAGUUCUGUUUAUUGAGGUAUAAUGUCAGUUGUGUUUUGCAUUAUGAGGGUAAUUGAACCAAAGUGUAGGUAAAUUGAAUAUGUUGUACUUCAUGAAGCACAAAUAAUUUUAUGAGUACACUCAAAAUCUGAAAUAAUAAAAUUGAGUGAGUUUGCAUACUCUCACAAUGUUAGUGUACAUAAAGUGUUCAGAUAGUCGCAAUUGUGAGAUGUUGCCAUAACCAGCCGACUUGUACAGUGAAAAGAACUGCUAUACAGAUAAUAAAUCAUUUUUCAUACUUUAAA